CCUAUUUAUGGGAGGCAGCAGCUGCUUGGCCCUUUCUUUAUUAUAGGAACGAGAUCUCCGCGGUUAGCUAUGUGAAGAGCAGAUCGCCUAGCAAUUCUCGUUUCGUGAUCCUGACGAACAAUUAUGAACAACGCUCAAGAUAUGUCGCCCGAUUUUGUGUUGAUGCGCCUGGUUUCCGUGGCCGAGGAUGACCGCUUGGACGCAGAAAACGGGAAUCUGCCGCCGGGAGGAGUGGUGGCAGGGCUGGGGAAGGAGGUCCUGGCUCACAGCGGCGUCAAAGCGGGUUUGGAUAUAAGCCGAGAUCCAACGGAGGGCCUCCAGCAUCCCAGCAGCCACCUGAACAAAGCACCUCCGAGCACCGAGGGCACGGCUGCACCUGACUCUGGGGUGACGGAGAGCCGAGCCACACUGUCCGCGCCUCCGCCGCCGCAGAGCUCCAUGGAGGCCCAGGGCUUUGACUUCGCUCCCAGCCCCGGCCUACGGCCUCAGCUGUUAGUCUUCUCCAAUAUAAUGCGGAACGGAGAGGGGAUUUUGGAAUUAGACCGUCGGAAUCAGCCGAGGGAUGCUCUGGAUCAGAGCCCGGGAUCUGGCUGCUCCAGCCCAGCGGUCAAUAACAACACUCUGAGUGUCAGAGGGGUUCAGCAGCAGCAGCAGAACCUGCUGGACCGGACAUGGGGAGCGCAUUCGCCAGCCUCUGUGGAGAUGCAGGGAGCGGCUGAGCUAUGCCACCGGCAUCAACUCAUCGCCACUACGCCAGAGUGGCCCGUGUUGACGGAGAGAUCUAACCCUCUCGCCGUGAUUGACUCUAAAUGGGGAUGCGCCACCAGGGACAGGGAAGGAGCCGUGUUUGAGCUGGCCCGGCGGUUCGGGGAGCUUGGGGUUGGCGCGGUACCCAAAAUGCUGUUCAAAGCAGGCGAGCUCCCACACUGUUCGUGUCAGAGUGCACAUAGGCCGGCAGGAGGGGGAGUAGAGCCCGGCGAUGACCCAACAGAGACUAGCGACGCAUUGUUGGUGCUGGAAGGGCUGGGGAACGGGGACGUUGACGGUUUGGACAUGGACGAGUGUCCGGAGGAUGAGGCAGAUGAUGAAAACGGACGCCGGGAGUUUUUACUCAACAGGAAAAGGGAAAUAGUUCAGAAAAUGUCCGGGGCUUUCUCCAUCAGCAGUUUUCAAGUGGAACUGAGGAGGCAGGUGGAGGAGACGGCAACAGAAGCAGCGGCUGCGGCGCACAUUGCCACGCAAGUGUGCAGCCUCCACGGGAAUUUAUCCGGCCGGUUCUCGCAGGUAAGCUGUGGGAAUACAGAGGUUGUCACGCAUGCUUCAGCCAAGUCACCGUCGACUACCCCGGCCCAGAGCUCGCCCUGGGCCACAAGCCCGAACCUGAGCCAGGCGUCGACACCCAGAAGGCGGCCGGAGCGGUGCGCCAGUGCGCCCCGGACUCCCACGGGCAGGGCCACGGGCGGGGAAAAGAUGCUGAAAGUUCCAGGGAAGUCGAAAAAGGGCUCGUUAAAGAUCAGACUAAGCAAAUUGUUCCGGACUAAAAGCUGCAGCGGCUCCAGUCACCUGCUGGACAAAAGGCCCUCCGUGACUUAUUCAGUAUCUUCUGCCGGGAGUCUGGUGGACAUGGCGUGUGCAGCGGGUGCUGAGCAGGAUGCAGACAGCCACAGCCAGCCCAGACUGACCAGGGCCCACAGUGCCUUUUCCCCAGCCUCCCUCUCUGCCUCUCUCUCAACUUUCACUGGUGAGACCGUUUCUCUAGUGGAUGUGGAUAUUUCACAGCGAGGGGCGAAUACACCACACCCUCCCACACCUCCACCCCCUCCUCGUCGAAGUCUCAGUCUCUUAGACGACAUAGCCGGGCCCCAGCCUGGGCCUUUCCUAGUGAGCGUCAUGGGCGCCUCACUGCAGUCUCUUCCUCUGCCUCUUCCUCCUCCUCCUCCUCCUUCCCACACCACCAUCCAGCACAGUCUCAGCCUCAAUGAUGCUUUCCUACGGGCCCUUCCUCAUUCAAACCCAUCACCAGCUGAUGCUCCACCCCCCAUCAGACAGGCCCCACCCCCCAUGCUGUGUGCCCUGCGGCGGUCAGAAGCCAGCAACUUCACCGCCAGUCUGAGAGAACUGGAGAAGUGCGGCUGGUACUGGGGUCCCAUGAAUUGGGAGGAUGCGGAGAUGAAGCUGAAGGGUAAACCAGACGGAUCCUUCCUGGUUCGUGACAGCUCAGACCCUCGGUACAUCCUGAGCCUCAGCUUCAGAUCGCAGGGAGUCACACACCACACUCGCAUGGAGCACUACAGAGGGACGUUCAGUUUGUGGUGUCACCCGAAGUUUGAGGACCGCUGUCACUCUGUGGUGGAGUUCAUCGAGCGAGCCAUCAUGCACUCCAAGAACGGGAAAUUCCUCUACUUCCUCCGCUCCAGAGUCCCAGGACUACCUCCCACUCCGGUUCAGCUGCUGUAUCCUGUGUCUCGCUUCAGCAAUGUGAAGUCACUUCAACAUCUCUGUCGCUUUUGCAUCCGACAAAUAGUCCGCAUCGACCACAUCCAAGAGCUUCCACUGCCCAGGCCACUGAUCUCCUACUUGAGUAAGUUUUAUUACUAUGACCCAGAGGAGGAGAUGUACCUGUCAAUCAAGAGCAUCCGGAGGGUAGUGGGAGUAGGGCAGGAGGCCGAGUCGCAGACGUAGCAGCAGGGCUCUUCUCAGCUCAAGUUUUGCUGUGGAGGACUGUACUGUCUGUACUGGUCUACCAGUCUUCCAGCAUCGGCCAAUCAGAGUCUCUGGAAAUCAUUGUGUCCAAUGUGACUGGGAUGGAACCUCCUAUGUGUGUAUUUGGACUAAUGAGAGGAAUGAUGUAUGCUUGCAGUUGGAUGGUGGUGCAAAUGCAGUGGACUCAGUGACUUCUGAGGAGGGACUGUAGAGAUACGCUCACCUGAAAACAUGUCGACAGGCACAAAAACAGAGCCUGAAUUAUGAACUCAAUUUCCUGAACCUGUUGAAAUGGACUUUUAAAACACAAUGCACUGGUCAAUUUGUACAACUGUUGUUCGCUGCCAUUUCCUUGUUUUUCCUUCCAUUUUGUCAAAAAAGGGGAUUUUGGAUUAAAAGAUGUCCUCAGUACUGGCAUACACACAGAGGCAGGGCCACAGAGGCCUGUCAAAUCGUUUGGUGUCUUCAUCAUCUGAAACUGAAACCCAAAAGUUGGACCCUAUGAAUCAGCUAAAAAAGUUUUUUUUUUUUUAAAUCCCAUGAGUAAAUUUCUUCAUUUUAUUUAAACUCAUUUAAUGUGAUAUGACACAAUUUGAGGAACUACACUAAGGGAUAUAUUAAGAGUAUUGACUGUGGCCCUUCACAUGCAGCAACCAGCACUGGUUAUUUUCACUAUUAUACAUUAAUCAGUGUGCCAGCUAUUUUUUAAAAGUGGCAAUAGGCAUUUUUCACUAUAACCCAUUUUUCUAAACUGGACUCCUUGUUUUUAAAAAACAAACAAACACCCACUUCUAUUGGGUAAACAGCCAGCCAGCUGUUGUUACUUUAUGUGAACCUACUGUGAGCUUUGAGCGCUCAAACCCAUGGAAUUAAUUCUGAGAUACAAGCUGUUUUGCUUUAAGUCUUCCUUGUCUUUAGCCCCUCAACAACAGGACUUGUGU